AUGCCCUUCCUGCGGGCUCUGCGCUCUUCUCCCCUCCCUCACUCGCUGAGCGACAAGCCGGCCGGUCCGCUCUCCUCGCACGACGCCGACUCCUCUGCCGCCGCCAUGCUGGUCAUGCCGCAGCCCGCAGACACCCUCCAGGCUGGUCCCAGGAGGCUGAAGCGCGACGACAACAAGUUGAAGAACAGGGUCUCGAUGGCCUUCAAGAAGCCCUUCUCCUUGUCCAAGCCGCCGCGCUCGCCUGAACCCCAUGUCGCCCCGUCGCACCAUCCUCCUCCUUACUCUGCCGCCCAGCCGGCUUCUCAACCGAAGACUCGACCCUCGACCGCCCCUCCGGCUCGCCGUUCCUCAGCUGGCAGCGGAGGACGCAGCAACAAGCCAACGCACCCAGCGUCGGACGGACUCGUCGCUCGGCGCUCCCACAUCGGCGCAGGCGCCGUCGGGACGUCGCCUCCUCUCCCGCCCCUUCCUGCGGCGACGCCUCGCGUGACGGACGCCCAGGCGAUCCAGCUUCUCGGCGCCGACUUGAGCGCGCAGCUCAACCCUCUCCUGCCCCGGAACUCGUUCGGUCCCGACUUUCAGCAAAGCAUGAACGGCUUGGGAAUUGGUAUCGAGCAGCAGAUGCAGUCGCAGUCGAGGACGAGAACGCCUUCGCCCGUUUCGACGCCGCCUCCGCAGGUUGAGAUCAAGCCGUUGCAGAUCAGGCGCAGGUCGCCUUCGCCGCCAACGGGUCAGCCGCAACAGCGUCCGCUCACCAUUUCGGGCGACCUCGAGAAAAGGCGGUCUUUGCUCGUCAAGGACAACGGCCAGAUGACCGAGGCCAAUCGUCGACUUUCGAUGAUGAAGCGCGGGCCGCCUAUCCUGUCGUCCGCCUCCGCAAACAGCUCGACCUCGACGCUCGAGGUGUCGGCUUCGGCAGCUGCUCAUGCCGUCGACUCGCUCGAGCCGAAGAUCGUGACGCUUCCGCCUCGCGUACCGUCACCUCUCGCCGUACCGCCAGUUCAGGCGCUGCGAGACGACGAUGCAGCUCUCAGCAGUCGCGACAGGAUCGCCAAGCUGCGAGGCGGGCGUUCGAGUCUCUCCGGCGCUUCGGGUCAAACGGCGCAAGCUGCAGGCGUUGCAGCUCUUCGCGCGGUGAACAGGAAGGACGCGACCAAGAGCCACACCAUUGCGGAUGCGCCGGCCGGCUUCGACGUCUCGUUCGUCCAGAACGCUGCCAAGUCGACCUACACGCCUCUCAAGCCGCUUCAUCUGCCGGCCGCUGCAGCGAGGUCCGCCGCGCCUCUCCACCCGGUUGUGGUCAAGUCCACUCUGCCUCCGCCGCCAGUCCCGCCUGCGCCCAAGUCGAGCAACCGAUACUGCCUGCGACCGACUGUCGACGCAGCGACGCAGACACCCAAGUGUUGGGCGAACAUCUCUUCGGCUUCAACGGCGAGGCCAGCGGUUCGCAACCACCGUCGCAGCUGGACUGCAUCGGUUUCGACGCCGCCGCAGGCGUACUCGUCUUUCCCCGUCCCGUCACCCCUUCCGCCGCCUGUCCCGCCUCACGACACGCCGCCACAGAAGCACACCAUGCCAUCUCCGUCCAUCUACUCGGUCGCGUCCUUCGACAUUCGCCCAUCUCGCAACGGCGGGACUCGCGCGAGUCGAGCCGGCCAGGCUUCGCUCUUUGGCGGGACGGAGGAUCUCGACGAAGUUGUCGAGAGCGUCGAGGAGCGCUCGCCUGAAGCGCAGGCCGAGGCGACACCGGUCAAUUACGACGUGCCUUACCUGUCGCCCUUGCCGGACGAGGCGUCGAUGCGGGCGUUCGACUUGCUCGCCACGCCAAUGCCGCUCUCCCUCCCUCAGUCGUCCCCUACUCCGCCGGCAGCAUCGCGUGGAGGGCAGUCGCCUGUCGACGAGAGCACCCCGACGGUCACGCCGGUUCCGCCCGCCUCCUCCGCGUUCGUUCCGACAACCCCGCGCAGCAGCUCACCUGUUGCGGCGCACAACUUCGCCUGCACUCGCACUCGCUCUCGCACGCCCUCGCCUGUCCCUGCGCUGUCACACUCGCACUCGAGCAGCUCCGACGAGUCUGAGCCGGAAGGCGACGAGACGGCAAGCUCGUCUCUCUCGCAGCGCAGGCCUAGCGAGCCUCUCACCCCGCCGACAUCUGCGACGUCCAGCACAUUUCGUUCGGACGACAUUGGCCGCGAGGACGACGAGGACGAUCUUGACGAGGCAGCGAUCGUCACCGUUCGUAAGGCGUCGCUCGUUGCGCCCCAAUUGCGCAAGGCUUCGCUCGUCACGCCGCCUGGCUCGCGUCCGCAGUCUAUCCUCCUCCGUACUCGACGAAUCAGCUCGACUGGCUCGCUUCGCAGCAUCGAGGAGGUCCCGCGCAGGCCCAGUGUGGAGAGCGCAAAAAGCCCGUCGCGCUUCCACCUCGACUUGCCUGGCCAAGGUGACGUCCCGCCCAUCCCCGCUGUGCCAUCGCCAAUUAGGCGCGAGCUCAAUGAGGCGGGCUUCCCCUUCCCUUACACGCCGUCGAAGGAGAUCUCGGUGGAGUUGGGAGCGCCGCAGGGAGACGCGGUCAAGACUGAGGCGCCUCUGUCGACCGAGGACGUGCUCGCCAUGCCUGUCAUCAUUCCUCCUACACCUCUCGACGCCCCUCUCCCUCCGCCUCGACCCAGCUCGCCCUUUUCCGCCCUUCUCGCUCUCGACACCGUUCGUCCCGCCUCCGCACCGCCCGAGGAAUCGCCUUCUCUCCCGCUCCGUCGACAGAGCGAGUCGGACAAGCCAAUCUUGCGCUCGCGGACGCCCGGAGCGACGAUGAGCAGGGAGGAGCGUGCGGCGAAGGGACGGAGCUACUUCCUCGUGCAGGCGCUGAUGGGCGAGACUCAGCCCGAGGGAAUGGUGAGGGACUGGGCUAAGGAUGAAGACGACGACAGUGAUGACUGUGCAAGCAUCUUCGGCGGUCGGGCGGAGGUCAGCGACGGGGAGAUGAGCGACAUGGAGGACGAGGUGAACUAG